GAAAGUGACGGCUUCUCUGAGUACGAUUCUUCUUUACUGGCGAGAGAGACCAAGAACGGUGUGGAACGAGGAAGGUAGUCCGCGACAUAAGAUGCAGCGACUCACAACCGCCGGCCCCUACGUCACGGCGGACAGGACGGUCAAGCAUCAUCAACUGCGCUGUGAAGCCGAGCUUUCGGGAACGCUUGAGUCCCUGGCGAAGGACGCCGCAAGUCAGUGGAGCUCGCUGCAGCGCGCCAAGGCGCAGUCUCAUCUGCAGGAGCAAUCCAAAGCUUUCUCCACCGAGCAGCAACAUUUUGAACGCCUUCUGGAAGCCCAGAGGGUGCGGUGUCAGCGCAGCGAAGCCGCGUUGGCGCGUUUCUCUGCAAAAGAGGCGGAAAAGCUGAAUGCUCCGUCGGGGGCGCGUGUCACCCCUCAAGGCAGCCUAACUGCAGCGACGAGGAGUCGCAGUGAAAACGUUGACCGCCGUGUUCGCAGAGAAGCGGACUGCCUCCUCACCCAGGAGGCGGCAGCACUGGAGAAGGACCAAUUCGGCAUAACGGUGCUACAGUGCGAGCUGGCAGCGGAGCAGCAGCGGGCCACCACGCAAGUGCGUCUUCUGGAGAGUGGCAUGGUGGCUGCGCAGCGACGGACGCAACAGCAAAUUCUCAAGAUGCGGCGCACCGGGGACGUGUCGCGCGCGACAGCCGAUGUGGCGCACCGCGGUGCGGCGCUGGAGGCGCGUGUGUACGGGGAUGCCUAUCGAGUUCCGUCGCUGUGCGAGUACUAUGGCCCGUUGCUCGAACAGCCGACGUCGGCGCCCCCUGCAGCGUAG